AGGAGAGUGUGCAGUUUGCUGGGAGUCUUUAUCCUAACCGAACUCAUUCUCGUGUAAAACAGCUUUCUCCCUGGUGCCUGACUCAGCAGCUCUCCUCCCACCGACUGCCUGCCUGUCUGUCUAGAGGCAAAAGUGCGGACUGCAGAUGCUGGAAACCAGAGUUUAGAUUAGAGUGGUGCAGGAAAAGCACAGCAGGUCAGGCAGCAUCCGAGGAGCAAGCAGGAAAAUCGACGUUUUGGGCAAAAGCCCUUCAUCAGGGCUGUCUAGAGGUCAGCCGCCAGACAAACAGACAGCAAGCUUUACCGGAAAGAACGGUGACUGUGCAUGUGUGCCUGAACUUGGGAAGACAAUGGAGGAAACUGGAUCAUCCUCGUCACCGGGAAUCAGUCCAAUCCCUGUCGUUGUAAUCGGGAAUGGACCCUCUGCCAUUUGUCUCUCCUACCUCUUGUCUGGAUAUCGGCCUUACUUCAAAGAAUCCUCAAUCCAUCCCAAUCCCAUUCUUCAACGAAAAUUGGAGCAGAAUCUGGGUAUCUCCAUCAUUGAACAGGAUUUGGAAUACCUGUCUGAAGGGCUGGAAGGACGAUCCCACAAUCCCGUAGCUGUCCUGUUCGAUUCCCUCCUGCGUCCCGAUGCCGAUUUUGGCGUAUCCUUGGAAUCGGUGCUCACCUGGAGGCGAGAGCCUGACCAUCGCAUUCCUCACCUGGUCCUGGGCAAGGGGCCACUGGGAGGGGCUUGGCAUUCGAUCGAGGGAUCCAUGUUCACCCUCAGUCUCGGUGACUGGAUGGAGCUUCCUGACCUUCCCUUCAGGGACUGGAUGAGACUCAAGCGAAGGUGCCUGCGGAAUGACCGUGCCAUGACAUCCGAUAUCGCCAGCUAUUACCAGCACUAUGCCAGGGUCAAGGGACUGCAGGAGCACUUUGCAUGUGGUACCGUUGUGACUUCAGUGAGGAGGGUUAGUCUGGAUUCUAGUGCAGAAAGCCAGGUCAAUGUGAGCGCAGAUAGUCCAGCAGGAGCUCGGGUCUUCAGGCACUCCACCAGCACAAGCCUCUUUGAGGUGAUCGGUUCCAGCAAAUCCGAGGACGGCUCAGAAAAGGCUUUCCGCAUCUUCGCAGAGAAGGUUGUCUUGGCAACGGGCAUGUAUGACAGCCCUGCUUGGCUUGGCGUUGAUGGUGAAGAUCUUCCGUUUGUUCACCACACGACUUCAGAACUCGACCGAACCCUCAAGGAGCGGGAGACAGGACUGAACUCUGACCCCAUUCUGAUCAUCGGAGGCGGCCUAACCGCCGCAGACGCUAUCAUCGCCGCUCACCAUGGCAACGUCUCGGUGAUCCAUGUCUUCCGCAGAGGGGUCAAUGACCCAGGGCUGAUCUUCAACCAGCUUCCCAAAGUCAUGUACCCAGAGUAUCACAAAGUCCACCAGAUGAUGAUCCAACAGUCCUGCACCACCACAGGACCCUACGAAGGGUAUCUCAGUCUCCCCAAACACCGUAUGCUGGCUUUCACCCCAGACAGAAAGUGCAUCAUUGAGGAUCUGAUGUCAGCAGAGAAGAAGGUGUUCAAUGUCUCCAUGGCCUUCAUUCUGAUUGGCUCAAAUCCUAACUUGACCUUGCUGCCUGAUUGCGGAAGGUCACUGGCAAUCAACCCGGAGCUCGCUGUUAACAGCAAACGUAACCCCCUUGACGUGGAUUGCUACACUUAUGAGUGUGUGCAGGAACGGGGACUCUAUGCCCUGGGCCCGCUGGUGGGAGAUCACUUUGUACGUUUUCUGCAAGGAGGGGCUCUGGCUGUGGCGAGGUCUCUCCUUAAGGAGCGUCAGGGUGCCCAGUUUCAAACUGACAGGCAGCUUUUGAUCAGCUGACAUUGUGGUGUUGGCACAGAAGCUGUGCGUGCGGGUAAAUUGUUGAGGUCAGUGUAGGUAGGGUCACCAUUCAGAAGCAUCUUUUCAUGUUCCCCAUGUUUAUAGUGCCUUCCAGACCAUGAGCACAAGGCUCAAACUGCCUCGGCAUCCAGGCUGGCAUGACGCUAUGCUCUGUUCAAGGAGGACUGAGGCCAAGACGGAGAACUCAGCUACCGAGUGAGCACCACGUGCCAGGCUAAGGGGGUAGCCUUGGCAUCAAGUCAGCCUCUAUCACUGUUGCUGAGCAAAUCCAUUUCAGGUUUGAAACUCAGUAAAACUCAAUAUUUAAGGGCAUUUUCAACUCUCUCACACUCCCGGGAGAGGUUAUGAACCAGGAAGAAUAAACAGAAGUCCAUCCCUGCAUUUCUGGUUAGCUAUAUCCAAGAUGGACACCCUAGAUGUGGCAUACCAACGUCAGGGGACUCCCACAGCACGUAGCCUGGGGAGGUGCCCAGGGCAUUCCAGACAUAACUUAUAGAAUCCCAGAGGACACUGUGGGAUGCCGGGGCCACACAGAGAUACUGCAGACUUGUUGUGUGUUAUCAACUCUAGGACUGAUGCAGUACCACAAGUCAAUGAUCUAACUUGAAUUCUUAUACUCUGACUCAGAUGUAAUGCAAGUUAAUUAUGGCAAAUAACUUCUUUUUUCUAAAACCUACAGUUUGUAAAGAUUAAAUAUUUUAAUAAAAUGGUAUUUUAUAAUGCAA